AAAUUAUAAAACUUAGGAUAUACAAAGUCGCUAUUUACUGAUAUUUAAUUCCUAAUAUAACAGAAUAUAAACCGAAAACAAAGUACAUAAUAAGAUAUGGCAGAAGAACCAAAACCAGUAAAUGAAAGUGAUCUCAAAGAACUAAAGGAUCGGAUGAAUUUGAUUGUGAGCGCUGAUCCAGCACAAUAUCAUAAUGAUUACUCACUAAGGAGAUAUUUAAGGGCUUUUAAGACUGUGGACCAAGCAUUCCAGGCUAUAAUCAAGACCAACAAGUGGCGUGGUGAAUAUGGUGUAGCAGACUUGCAAAAUGAUAAGGAGCUUAUAGAAAAAUACUCAGAUAAAGCCAGAGUACUGAGACACAGAGACAUAGUUGGUCGGCCGAUCGUGUACAUUCCUGCAAAAAAUCAUAGCUCCAGUGACAGGAAUAUUGAUGAACUUACUAAAUUUAUUGUUUACUGUUUGGAGGAUGCCAGUAAAAGAUGUUUUGAAGAAGUUGUGGACAAUUUAUGCAUUGUCUUUGACCUGAACAACUUCACGCUGUCCUGUAUGGACUACCAGGUGCUGAAGAACCUAAUAUGGCUGCUUAGUAGACACUACCCUGAAAGGCUGGGCGUGUGCCUCAUAAUCAACGCACCUACCUUCUUCUCUGGAUGCUGGGCAGUUAUAAAGGGCUGGCUUGAUGAAAACACUGCAGGGAAAGUGACAUUUGUCAGUUCAGAGAUGGAUCUGUGCCGAUACUUGAUACCAGAUAUUCUACCGACCGACAUGUAACUAUGACAAGGAUAACGUAACGAUAAAUGCAUGUAGUAAGUAUACAGUGUAAUUAAUUUUAACGUAAAUUAUGUUAAUUGUGAAUGUGGAUAUUCUAUGAGGUAAUUUACAUUAUUAUAGCUACAAACCAUAACUCCAAUACAUCAGAAUUUGUCAUUUAUAUAUUUAAAUAGGCAAUAAUAAUAUUUUUGCAUAAACAUACAUUAACUAUUACACUGUUUUUCAAAUUGUUAUUACUUACAUAUUUUAUAAAUUUUAUGUAACAUUGUUAAUAUAUUUUCCAAUAUUAUACUGAAAGUGAGAUGAAAGUGAUAAAUAAUAAUACUAAUUCCUAUUACAUACUGAACAACACUUGUGGGGUCAAGAAGGUUAUUCAGUUUUCCAUAGUGUUUGUAAACAAAGCUUAAUUUUUAAUAAUAAUAAUCAUAUUUUUAAGGUGUAGUACAUGAAACAAAACGUUAACUUGGAAAAUAUGUGCUAAUAAAAAUAUUCUAAGCUUUUUGUGAAAUCUGCAUUAUUAUGCCUCCAAUCCAUGUCCACACAUAAUAUUUUCAUCUAAGGAAAUACCUAUUAAGUUUAAUUCAUGUUCUUGAAAACUUGAGAUUAACACUUGCCAUUAAACCAUUAUGUACCUUUCUAAUGCUUUAAUUGUUAUUAAAAUGUUGUUUUUUUUUUGUUAAAUAAAACUGUUAUAGUCAGUUAAAAUGAGGAUAUUACAAUAUUUUCCUGAGUAACAUUUAACUUGUGUAUCAUAAGUAACAUGUUGUUUUCGUUAUUACACUUACAAAUUAAUUGUGAACAAUCUAUUUCAAUUAAUUAAUAGAAGCAUUUUAACAUGUAAAGUGCAUAUGAGCAGUUGAAGGCCGGUUCCAUUAACGUGGGUGCAACAUUUAGACGCAUUUAACCCUUUAACAGUCAUAACAUAAUCAAAAUUAUUAUUGUUUUUGGACCUAAGACAAGCGAAUAAGGCUCAAAAUAUGGCACAUUUUCCCUUCCAAAAUAAUGGAAAUUCUGUAAUUGCUAGGCCUGUAUAAGGUCAAAUAAGCAUUUUUGUGCCUCAACAUAGAUUUACAAGACUGCUAUUGAAUGCCCCUAUGCCGACUAUAGCUUAUUAAUUUGAUAAAAUAGCACAUUUUAUUAUAAUCCUUUGAAUCGAAAGAUAUUGUAAUUUUAGGGAGCCAUACUGACUCAUACUACAAAUAGAAUAUUCUUACACAUACAUAGUUCUCUAGUCAAUGGUACACAUAAAUUAAACCUAUUCAAAACUUAAAAAAUAUCUUAAGAAUCCUAAUUUUAUUGUAGUUGUAUUCAUGUAACAUGACUGUGUAUGAAAAACUAUAUUUAUUUAUGCACUUACACAAAACGAAAAACUACGAUCAUUACCAAAUACUUGUCAUAAUUAUUUUAAAUAAUCAAACUUAUUCAUUCCUGGAUGUUGAUUUUAUCACAUCAAAUGUUAAUUUAAUGAUAAAUAAGAUUUUAAAACAUCCAAACUAUUUCAAAUAGAUCAAAAAGUCCUGAGCUUGCACUAUGAUUGAUUGAAUGAAUUUCUAUAAUAUUUAAUUCAAUCACAUCACAGGCUUUAAUUUUCUCUGAUUUAUAGUACUUACAGCAACGUCAAUGCUCUUUAAAGUAUUCCUGAAUAAAACUACAGGGUAUUAAGUCUCUCUAAAAUCGUAUAUUGUCAAACUGGCUGUAUUUUAUUGGUUGAUAAUGUAAUUUCUUCUCAGUCUUCAUCUUGACGCUAAGCCCUUUUUAGAGGCUAAACACGCUUCGGUAUGUGUAAGUGGGCGUUUCAUUUAAAUGCUAUCAGUUAGUUUAAAAAUCAUGGUUUAUGUUAUGUUAGGAAAUAACUAGUAAAUAAUUUUGUCUAAAAUAUUACCCAAGCAAUAAUUUAUUGACAUAACAAUACAUUAUCGAUAAUACCAAGCCAGAUUUAAAAAACAAUAAAGAUUUUACGCAUUUACUAAUAAUAAUAUUUUGGCCCAUGUCAUUCCUUAAUAAACCUUAAACAGAGAAUAGGCUAAUUAUA